AUGGACGGCGGCGACCAAGACUUUGGCUCUGGCGGCGUGACACUACUUGACCCGACUGUCUUCAAGGGAACAGGAGUCAAUCGUAUGGCUGUCGGUGCUGGCAAAAAUGGCAAGAUCUAUAUUAUGAAUGCAGAUAACCUUGGCGGCUACAAACAAGGUUCCGGCGGCAGCGACGGUGUGGUGCAGACCAUUAACACUCAGAAAGCUGUGUUUGGAGGCAGUGGAAGUUAUCCUCUCGAAGGUGGCUUCCUAUACUCGACCCCAGUUGGUUAUCCCACCUACGUAUAUCAGCUCGGCUUCGAUGGGGCCGGUGUACCUCAAUUCGCUCAGGUUGCCAGUACCAAAGAGACUUCAGCUGGCCGCGUGGGAGUUGGUGUUCCUACUAUCACGAGUCUGAAUGGUCAGCCUGGUACUGCUGUUCUUUGGAUGACAGAUCCCGACGCCGGUAUCCGCGCUUGGUAUGCCGUACCUAAAUCCGAUGGUACCAUGAAAUCCAUCGCCAUGCCUCAGAUUCAGGGCGUCAACAAGUUCCAGCGUCCGGCUUUUGGCGACACUCGACUCUAUACUACGGAUGCCUCAGGCAAUCUUUAUUGCUUGGGUUCUCCUGUGAAUCUGCCUUUGAACUGCAGCUCCCCCGUCGACUUUGGCAGUGUAUCUCUGGGAUCGUCUGGUAAGCAGUUCGUCAACUGCACAGCAUUAAUCAACAUCAACCAGAUCACCAACAUUCAGACUGCCGACUCCAACUUUGCCGUUCAUCUUUCCGACCUUCCUAAAGGUGCCAUCACUGCGGGGCAGCAGUUCAGCUUCCCUGUAGUUUGGAAUCUGACUCAAGCUACUGUCGCCAAUGCUGUGAAUGCGUCUUUUGGAAGCACCACCCCAGGCUUCAAGUCAACACCCAUGACCAUCACGACGAACAAUGCCGUCACUGGCUAUGCGAACGUCUUCCCCGUAUCUCUAAUUGGCAAGCAAGUCAGUCAGAAUCCGUUCCUCGACACAACGCCGUCUACUGUCGAUUUUGGAGGCGUCAUUCUUGUAGGCGCAGACUCUGAUGGAGAAACUACUGGCUCGACCAUGACGAUCCGGAAUGCUGGUAUUGCUCCCAUGCUGAUUACCGGCUACGCAUGGACACAGGAUGAGAUUGAUGACGAUGAUGUUGACUGGACCAAUAUUACUCAGGCUGACGAUGGAACAUUCAUGAUGGGGCCUGGCUUCUAUGCAACCAAUCUUCCACCAGUAAACUCGAUCAUCAAUUCGUCGCAGUCGAUCAUUGUAAAUCUGAUCUUUGCACCCAACAAUGGCACUGGAAACUACUUUUCGUUCUUCAAUAUCUGGACGAAUGGUGGCGUCACUGACACGAUCUUGGAAGGAACAGCAUCAACAGCACCUAUUGCCAACAUGUCCAUCUCGACCAGCGAAAAUGGUUGGACUGAUGUGACGACGCAAAGUGCUCCUGUCAUGGACUUUGGUUAUGUACAAGCUGGCACAACUCAAUCUUUGAAGAUCCAGAUCUGCAAUGAGGGUGGUUCGGUUCUCGACAUCUCAAAGAGCAAGCCACCAAACGGGAUCUUCUACAUCAGCGACCCAGCCGAGCUUCAUGAAGAGCUGCAAAUUGCACCUAACACAUGCGCAUAUGGAACAGUGCUAAUGUCGCCACCCAAUGAGCGUUUCAACCAAGCAGAUCAACCUGUCAACAAUACAUGGACCUUGAACACUGACGAUCUCGAAUUUGGUGUUCAUGUAGUUCAGAUCCAAGGUGUCAUUCAAAGCACUCAUGUCGGUCCUCAGGGAAGCCCUGGCAGUCCUGCAUACACCUAUCUAGGUUGCUUCCAAGACAAUACCAAGGGCAAGAUUAUGCCGAAUCAGUUGUAUGCUGGUAGUAACAACACCAAUGGUAUGUGUCAGAACCUGGCCACCUCGGGAGGUUACGUCUUCACAGGAACCGAGUACCAAAUCGAGUGUUAUGCUGGUAAUACUCCUCCNCCAUUGUCUCUUCAAGUCCAGGAUUCGCUCUGCAAUUAUCCAUGCGCUGGUAACCAGAACGAUACUUGCGGAGGCGACUAUGGUACUGGACUUAUCUCGGUCUACUAUGACGCUACUCGUUACACACCAGGCAGCAAUGCAACAUCUGGACCCGGUGGAUUGCCAAUUGAGCAAAAUGUAGGCAACUUCACCUAUGCAGGCUGUUGGUCAGACAAUGUCAAUGGUCGAGCACUGAACGGUCUUGCGCCCAANCCCCCUGCCAACGGGACCACUUAUGAGAGUUGUGCCGCUGCUUGUCUUGGCUAUGAGUUCUUUGGAGUAGAGUACGCCAACCAAUGUUUCUGCGGCAACACUGUGGGCAAUGGUGCCGUGCUUCAAGCCAGCAACAAUCCAGAUGUCAACGGUUGCGGCAUGUUCUGUGCGGGCAAUUCCUCGGAGUAUUGCGGUGGCCCGAAUCGCAUGAAUGUCUUCCAAUACAAUGGGACACUUCCUACCAUCUCAACUACUGGUACGGGUAACACAGGCAAUGGUGCGAACACUGGUAAUGGCGCGGGUGCUGGACAGACAGUCACUACGAUUACCCAGAACACGACGUCCAAUGGUGCUUAUAGCUACUAUGGCUGCUGGCUCGACAACGUCGCUGGUCGCGCACUGGCAAAAGAACCUCUCACUGCACAGACCGUAACACCCGACACUUGCGGUACAGCGUGCUCAGGCUAUCAAUACUUUGGAAUCGAGUACGGAAGUGAAUGUUAUUGCGCAAACACCAUCGGAGGUAAUUCAACACUCGCACCAGGAGGCAACAGCUCAGCACUCAAUGGCUGCAACAUGGCAUGCGCAGGCAACUCGAACUUGACUUGUGGAGGUCCCAACCGCUUGAGCAUGUACAGUCUCAAUGCCAACGCCAAUAUCACUCGUAUCCAGGAUCCUAUCACUGUUGGCAAUUUCGGCAUUUGGAACUAUCAAGGCUGUUACUCGGAAGCCACCAAUACUCGAGCACUCUCUCAACUCCAGAUGCCUAUUGCUGGCGCCAAUGUUAGUGUUGAGAGUUGCGCUGCUGCGUGUUCUGGAUACACUUAUUUUGGUGUCGAGUAUGCGUCGCAGUGCUUCUGUUCUAACUUUAUCUCUGCUGGAUCUAACCUUGUGGCUGGAUCAGAUCCUGCUAGCACUGGCUGCAAUAUGUUGUGCGCUGCUAAUUCCACCGAGUAUUGCGGUGGACCGAACCGCUUGAACCUCUAUAUGACGAACCAGACUGUGUCUAGCAGUUCAUCUUUGUCAUCAACCAGCCCUUCUCCUAGCACGUCAAGUGGGUCGAGCACUACAUCGGUAUCUUCGACUGUUCCAUCGUCUGUUCAGGCAAACUCGACCACCUCGAGCAGUAUGUCGUCGUCAACUACGAGUGGUUCAUCCUCUGUGUCUUCUAUAUCCUCCUCGUCGUCUUCGUUAUAUCCGAACUCGACUACAGUCUCGCUGACUUCAAGCUCGUCCUCAUCGCUGUCGUCUUCGAUCUCGGCAAACGUGACCUCGACGGUUUCUGUAUCACAAACUGCUUCCGCCUCGAAUGGUAUCACUUCGACUUCUGUCUCGUCCAGCUCGUCAUUGGUCUCCAGCUCGUCCAUAUCGUCCAGCUCGUCCAGCUUGUCCACAGCGUCCAGCUCGUCAAGCUCACUAGCUUCGUCAACCUCAUCUACUGCGUCGAGCUCGUCUGCUUCAUCUAGCUUCUCGAGUUCAUCUAGCACGCCCACAUCGUCCACGUCCUCGAGCUCAUCCACCUUGGCUAGCUCGUCCGCAUCUUCCAGCUCAUCUGUGAUGUCAAGCUCAGCCGUGUCAUCAAGCUCAUCUGUUUCGUCAAGGUCGUCUGCUUCGUCGACUUUGUCCAUGUCAUCAAGCUCAUCCGUAUCAAAAAGCUCGUCCAUGUCGUCAAGCUCAGCUGCUUCCUCCACUGUUUCGUCCACCAGCAGCAACAGCGCUAGUCCCACCUCGUCCAGCUCCAGUACCUCGACUUCUUCACCAUCGGCAUCCUCGACCAUAAGCACUGUUUCCACCACGACGAGCAGAACUUCCUCCUCCUCAGCUGCCGCCACAACCAUCGCCGGCGGAUGGACCGCCUAUGGCUGUUACACCGAAGCAACCAACACACGCGCCCUCUCCGACCUUCAAAACCCCAUCUCAGGCUCCAACGUCACAAACGAAAAUUGCGCCAAAGCAUGCACAGGCUACACCUAUUUCGGCACCGAGUACUCUUCAGAAUGCUAUUGCGGCUAUAAACUCAAUACUGGAUCUGUGGCUGCAGACAACAGUAGCUGCAAUAUGCCUUGUUCGGGCAACAGUGCAGAGACCUGUGGCGGAGGCAACAGAUUGACUGUGUACAAGUCUUCUGCCACUGCACCUUCGCAACCAAUCACGGUUGGCAAUACCACUGCAGCAACAUACCUUGGUUGCUAUUCUGAAGCUACAAAUAGCAGAGCGUUGACGGAUGUGCAGUACGCCGUCUCAGCUGCAAAUGUCACUGUGGAGACUUGUAGGGCUGCUUGUUCAAAGUAUCGAUACUUUGGCGUCGAGUAUGCGAGUCAAUGCUUCUGUGGUAAUACUAUGCAGAAGGGAAGUGUGUUGGUGGCAGGGGCUACGCCAAAGGAUACGGGGUGUAGUAUGGUGUGUCAGGGUAACAGUACCGAGUACUGUGGUGGACCCAACAGGUUGAAUAUGUACAUGACGUUGAAUGUGACUGGGAGUGGGUAG